AGAGAUGUUUAGCAACUAAAACUUCUCAAUUCUUUUCUCAUUUUUUUUCUUAGCUGGUUAGCCAAUUUUGUAAGGCUGACUUGCCCAACUUCAUGUAGUCUUGUUUCUUUGUUAUUAAUAAGAUUUUUCUUCAAAAAAAAAAAAAAAAAAAAAAAAAAACUUAUCAAUUAGAAUAUAAUUUACUUUGUUCAAUUGUAUUCUUGAGUAGAGAUUCUAAUUCUAAAGUAAAAAAAAAAUCAGAAAAAUUAAAUAAAUGGAAGAAAAGUAAGAGACGGCAGUUGAAUUGACACUCGAAGAAAUGCAACCUCAGAGAAAGUGAACAACAACGACAACGACCAUGGACCGACACAGUAAAACGACAUUGAUUUCAGUGUCGUUUUUCACCAUCUUCUCACUCUCCUCCUGCUAUGGCUAUGGAAUGCCUCGGAUGAUGUUCAACAAGUUAACUGCAAGUCGUUACUUGACCACUCAAGAGCUCUGGUUCAAUCAAACCCUUGAUCAUUUCUCUCCUUAUGAUCAUAGUCAAUUUAAGCAACGGUAUUAUGAGUUUCUUGACAAUUUUCGAAUCCCGGAUGGACCCAUUUUCUUAGUGCUUUGUGGAGAAGGACCCUGCAAUGGGAUCGUUAACGAUUAUAUCAGUGUUCUGUCGAAGAAAUUUGGAGCAGCAGUGGUAUCAUUGGAGCAUCGUUACUAUGGAAAAAGCUCUCCUUUUAAAUCACUUUCCACUGAAAAUCUGAGAUACUUAUCUUCCAACCAGGCCCUUUUUGAUUUGGCUAUUUUCCGUCAAUAUUAUCAGGAUUCUUUGAACAAGAAGCUGAAUAGAACAAAUGUUGAAAAUCCAUGGUUUGUAUUUGGGAUUUCAUAUUCUGGAGCUCUUAGUGCUUGGUUUCGUCUCAAAUUUCCUCACUUAACUUGUGGAAGUCUUGCAAGUUCUGGUGUUGUUCUUGCUGUUUAUAACUUCACUGAGUAUGACAAGCAGGUUGGUGUCUCAGCAGGUCCGGAAUGUAAAGCUGUGUUGCAAGAGAUAACUCAGAUUGCUGAACAAAAACUUGCUACGCAAGGAAACUCAGUGAAGGCCUUGUUUGGUGCAACUGAGCUUGAAAAUGAUGGCGAUUUCUUUUAUUAUCUGGCCGAUGCUGCUGCUUCAGCAGUUCAAUAUGGAAAUCCAGAUGAACUAUGCUCUCCUCUUGUUGAAUCAAAGAAAAAUGGAGAAGAUAUGUUGGUUGCGUAUGCCAACUAUAUCAAAAAGCACUUUUCCGGAAAUGUUCAAUUAUACAAUCAGGAAUACUUGAAAAACACUACUCUUACCAAAGACAGUUCUAUGCGGUUGUGGUGGUUUCAAGUUUGUACUGAAGUUGCAUAUUUUCAGGUAGCACCUAAAAAUGAUAGUAUCCGAUCCUCCAAAGUAGACACAAGAUAUCAUCUGGACCUUUGCAGGAACAUUUUCGGAGAGGGUAUCUAUCCUGACGUUGCUGGAACAAACAUCAACUAUGGGGGCACAAAAAUUGGAGGGACAAAGAUAAUAUUUACAAAUGGCUCAGAGGAUCCAUGGCGCCAUGCAUCAAAGCAGACAUCAUCUCCAGAUUUGCCUUCCUACAUUGUCAACUGCCAUAAUUGUGCUCACGGAACCGAUAUGCGAGGAUGUUCCGUCAAUGGUACAAGCCCUAUUGAAGGCGACGCUAAACAAUGCAGCUCUCCUGAUGCAGUUCAGAAAGUGAGGCAAAAGAUUAUAGACAACAUGGACUUGUGGCUUUCUCAGUGCCUAGACAGUGAAAAGAGUGCUAUGUGAUAUGAUAUGUUUCUAUUAUGCAAAAAAAUAAAUUUAUACUUUGACUGUUUAACUUACUAUGGUAGAUUAUUAAAUGUGGAGAGGUGAAGGAUAUUUCUGCUACAUAUCAUUUCCUUCCAUGUAUAAGCAGAACUCUAUUCUUAAGUUGUUUAAACCUUCAAAUACUAUACAAAUAAUUUUCAAUCUCAUCAUUUUAGAGAGGCCAUUUUCUAAAAAAGAAAA